AUGAGUUCAGCAGUUAAUAAAUCAAACCAAAAAUUUACACCUAAAAUUACUGCACGUGGAGCUCCUCGUAACAGUCGACGAAGACUCUCAAUUACAUCUACUUCAGCUGUUUCAAAUUCUGCGAGUUCCAUUAAAGGUAAUAUUGACCAAAAUUCAGUUAUCAAUAAUGAAUUUUCUUUGGAUGAACGUAAUAAAGGGAUCACUCACAGACUAUCUGUUACACAACAUAAUUCACAAACGGGAUCUAUUACACAAGAAGCUAAAGCCCUAUCACAACAAACUUUAGAGCUUUCACAGAAAACUUCUGCUAUAGAAGAAGAAAAUGAUUUUGCGGAAACUAAGCACGGUAUAUUGCCUAUUUCUUAUUCAAACCGUUCAAACAUUGUUAGAUCCAGGUCUUCGAUCCCUUCAAUUCCACCGAAUUUACUAACAAAGUUGGUAAAUUCUAAAAAUACCAAUGAAAAAUCAGUAGAAUCCAAAAACAACAAUUCGGAGAUUAAACUGAAAGUUCGUCCUCUUAUUUUUAAGAGAAAAGCUCUUGAUCCAAUUUCAAGACCAAACUUAAAAAAAGUAAUGGACACUAAUCAUUUAAAUAACCAUGAUAGUGAUUAUUUACCAGAGGAAAAUACCAAGCAUAACAAAGUAGAACCGGAGAAUUUCAUUCUGCCUACACCACCCUCAACCCAAACUAACAAAAAUUUAAAUAUAACAUCCCAAAGCAUAUCUUCACCCAAUUUAAUUACUCCAUCAGGGGCACAAACGAUUAGUUCUCAACAACCUUUAGAUUUUGUUUUUCAUCCAUUAUCACCAUCAAGUCAAAAAUCUAGCAAUCAUGACGCUAAUAUUGAAAAUUCGUCUAUAUCUAAAGAAAUUACAUUGAAUAAAAGCGCGAAACCUUCAUCCCAUUCAUCUUUACAAGAUAAUUCUAAUCCCUUUAAUACUAAACCUAUUAAAAUUACAGAAAAUUUAACACCAAGUAAUACUGCUGAUGAUUUGCUGGAUAUAGGAAAGCAGAAUGAAAUCAAAAGUACUACCGAAAUAUCUGGAAUUUCUUAUAACCCCAAGUUGACUGAGCAUCCGAAACAUCUGGAUUCUACUAGUGUAAAUAUUUUAAAUAAAAAUUCUCUUGACGAAAUAAAAUAUAAUACAAAUGUCGCAAAUAUCACAAACAUUGGAAACUUGUCGCUAAAUAAAAAAGAAGAAAAAAACAAUGAAAAUGGUAAUGGUAAUGGUAGCGACAACGACAACGACAACGACAAAAAUUUUGAAAAUUGUGACGAUGUUGAUGUUAACGUUGCUUUGGAAAGCGAAAGUGAAAAUGAAAGGGAAAGCGAAAGGGAAAGCGAAAGGGAAAGCGAAAGGGAAAGCGAAAGGGAAAGCGAAAGGGAAAGCGAAAGGGAAAGCGAAAAACAAUGUGAUAGUGAUAGUGAAGGUGAAAAUGAAAAUGAAAAUGAAAAUGAAAAUGAAAAUGAAAAUGAAAAUGAAAGUGAAAACGAAGAUACCGUUGUCAAUGAUAGCAAUGGCGAUAAAAAUGACUCUUCAGAUCUUGAAAAGAAUGGAAAUGAUAGACCUAAUUUACUAAAAAGUUCCGACAAAAAUCAGCAUUUAAUUGUUACAGAUGAAGUUAUCAGUGAAGAAGAAGAUGAAGUAGAUGUUUUUGAUACCUCGAAAUCUAUGACUGUUCGUCGCUCUGCACGUCUUCGGUUGAUGUCAUCACCUAUAUCUUUCAAACCUCUUGCAAGAGGUCCAUUAGUUACCAAGAAUAAGCCUCUUCGCUCAGUCAGGGGAUCUAGUAAACUAGAUGAAAACAACAAAAAUGUGAGAGCCAAAAAAAAUAAUUUAAAAAAAAAACCUCGAAAAAAAAGUACCUCUAAAACCACACCAAGAUCAAGUCAAAGAUCUAGCCCUUCUUUUAAUGAUGAUAGCUCAUCAUUUGACAAUUCUCAGGCGCCAAGUGAAAGUUUAUUAAAAAAUAUUGGAAGCUGCAGCUUUAUAAAGUACCAUCGAAACCCCACUUUAGAAUCACCACUUGUUUUGAGCAUUGUUGAUAAUGGUAUUCACGAUGAGAAAGGCAGAAUAUUAGUUGGCCCUAACGAUAUUCCAAAAAGAGGUCGUGGACAUGGCCCUUUUAUCAUUUCAAAUACAGAAAAUGUGGCUAUCAACCCAGAUCAAUUUACAAUGGCGGAUUUGUGCUCCCCUGAAUUUUUCAUUGGAGAGGAAGAUGAAGAAUUUACCAAAUAUGAAUCAGCGAGGCUUGAGCGUCGAAGGAAAAAAGAAGAUAUUUUGGUGAAGAAAAAAAUUGCUAGAGGCAAAGGGCAUACUCUCAGAGAGAUUCAAUUAAUUAAUGAUGGUUUGGAAUCUAAAUUUGUUGGAGAAAAUGAUGAGUCUCAAGAGCUUGAUUUUGAUCAUCUUGUAGAUACCACUAAAACACAACCAGCCGCACCACAAUUAACAAUGGUAGAUGGAAAAUUUGUUAUCGAAUCUACUGAAGUAGAUCGUCAUCGACUAGCAGAGUCUGCCUUUAAUGGACCAGAUGGUGAUACUCGUGUCCGAGAAGUUGUUAAUAAAUAUGACGAGUUUCAUAAUAGCUCAAGUUUUGGGAAGCAUAAGCGCACUGAAGCAUGGACUGAAAAUGAAACCAAUCUUUUUUAUGAAGCUUUAUCAACUUGGGGUACUGACUUUUCUGUUAUUUCAGAGCUUUUUCCUGGAAGAACCCGUCGCCAUAUUCGAAAUAAAUUUAAAUAUGAGGAGAGAUUAAACCCAACAAAAUUAGAAUUAGCUCUUGUUCGAAAAAUGCCAUGCGAUCUUGAUGGGUACUCUGUAAUUAGUGGGAAAGAGAUGUUAUCUGUUCAAUCGAUUGAAGAAGAAAUUAACGACAUUAAUCGUCAAUAUGAGCAACAGGUCACAGUUGAGUUGGAAAAUAAGGCCAAAGCAAAGGCAGAUGAUGAUGAAAAGGCGAUGAAGGCAGAUGAAGUAGCUUUUGGUACUACAGCCUCAAGUGCAUUCCAAGAAAUUAGAACUUUUCGGAAAACUAAAGCGCAGUUACGAAAAGAGCUCAGGCUGAAUGAAGUUGUCUUGGGAUCAAUUGAUGACAUGUAA